UGUCAAUAUUGAAACUGACACUUGACCCGUUUUUCCAGCCAUUUGCCGAUGUGUGAUCGCGGCAGGUUGUUUUCCUGAGUUAGCGAAACGCGCACGUAUUUUUUAUCUUUUUGUAUCAAGAAUUGCAAUUAUAAUUAUUUUUGACUCUUCAGAAAAUUAAUAAAUACUAGAAUCAUGACUAUGGAGAGGAUAGAUAUCACCCAGCCUUUAUGGGACCAGAGCACCUUCCUGGGAAGAUUCAGGCAUUUCGCCUUCAUUUCCAAUCCAUUGCUCUCCUUAGCUUCUGAAGAAGAACUGCACCAAGCAAAGGAUCUAUAUUUGAAGUACAAAUCAGGUAAAGAACCAGCUGGAACAAAAUAUGAGCAGCUGGUUAGAGCGAAGCAGUUAUAUGAAUCAGCGUUCCACCCUGACAGUGGUGAGCUGCAGAAUGUGUUCGGCAGGAUGUCUUUCCAAAUGCCUGGAGGUUGUCUCAUUACUGGAGCCAUGUUACAAUGGUAUAGAACACCAGUAGCAGUAGUCUUCUGGCAGUGGGUGAACCAGUCGUUCAAUGCAUUAGUGAAUUACACAAACCGGAAUGCGAACUCCCCCCUCACGACUACGCAGAUGGGAGUCGCUUACGUGUCCGCCACGUCGGCCGCCAUGACAACUGCGCUGAUCUUCAAGUUCAGCGUGCAGAAACGCGCCAAGAAUCCCAUUUUAGCUCGGUUCGUACCUUUCGUGGCUGUAGCGGCCGCCAACUGGGUGAACAUUCCCUUAAUGAGACAGAAUGAAAUCCUCCUAGGUUUGGAUGUAACGGAUGAAAAUGGUAAAGUUAUCGGCAAAUCUCAAUUAGCACCGGUGAAAGGAAUUUCUCAAGUGGUCACUUCAAGAAUCGCGAUGUGUGCUCCGGGAAUGUUAUUACUGCCAGUGAUUAUGGAGCGACUGGAGCCCAAGCCUUGGAUGCAGAGGAUACGCUGGGCACAUAUUGGCAUACAGACCGCCAUCGUCGGCAUGUUCCUAACAUUCAUGGUGCCGACGGCCUGUGCGAUCUUCCCUCAAAGAUGUAAACUGUCAAUAGACACAAUCAAACGAUUCGAGAAGGACAACUACGAACAAAUACUCAAGAACACGGACGGAAAGCCGCCAGAAUACGUGUACUUCAAUAAGGGACUCUAAACUUAUUAGUCGUAAGGUUUAAAAUAUAGUCUAGACAAGAUGCAAAUUUUACUUAUAAGGUUUUUGGCCAGCGAGGUAUGAAAUGGUCAAGAGUAGUUUUCAACUGUAUAGUAAGAUGUAUAAGGUUCUGUUUACAACGACAGGAGAAAAUGACUUGGGAUUGUGAAUGGUCAA